CAGCACCACCACACUUCUCAGCAGCGUAUUUCACUCUCCCACUCUCCACUCAUCAUAUCCAUCGUCGUCGUCAUAUUGCCCCACAUUUGAAACACUACCAUGCACCAUAAACACCUUCCACAAUAUAUUUUCGAAUGCUACACUGUUUCGACAAUAUUCAACCCCGCAAGUGCCAAUCGGCCAAGAAAACUCCUGACGUGCGGGUGUAUCAAGCCAAUUUCGCGCGAAUUCAAAAAUAGCUAAAAAAGAAAAGGAAAUAAAAUCAAAUCAAAUAAAAGAGAAGAAAAAAAAAAAAAAAACACCCUCUUCUGAUAGUGUACACAAAGUUUUUAUUAGCUAAAUAGUGUGUCAAAAAAUAAAUCUCCUCCUGCUUCCAUAAAAAUAGUUCACAUCUUUGAGUUGUCUCUCAAAGGAAAAAUCUUAAAUUUUGUACAAAUAAAUAGAAAUUCUACUCGUAGAAAAAGGGAGCAGGAAUAUGUAACCAGCGAUGGUGUGGUGUUUUUCGAAACAAAAUAUAUCGUUCUCACUCCUUCCGUCGACCCCUCGGGAAGUGUUUUCAUCGUUGUCGUCCUAUAAAGCCCCUAUAACCCCCACUUUUUUUUUGUAAUUAGCUCUCCUGCUGUGUGCGCUGCAGUGGAGUUAUCGUCAGCUAACGGUUUUUUGUUCUUGGCCGAAACUUAAACAGCAUACCGCCGACUGCGAGUACACGAAAGUUUUGCGAACGAGUAUUUUUCUCGUGACCGUAAUUUUGUUCCCUCUUUUUCCUUAAUAGUAAUCUUUUUUUUCUUCUAAUUUGUAGAGUAUUUCCGGGAAGUAGAAAAAAAAAAAACGGUUUAUUGAUUUUAGGCACGUCGUCGUCGUCAGUCGUUGGGGGUGCUUGCUUCGUGCUUGCCAUGGACCAAAGGAAUUAGGUCCUUCCUGGCAGCAGCUGUUGCCAUAUCACAAAAGUCCCCUACGACUGCUUCAAUCAAGCGUCGCUGCAUGAAAUGUUAUAAAUAAAUAAACCUCACGUAGUUUUUUUAGCCGAACGGAUUACUCUGUCCCGCUUCGAAAUCGGGACAUUCGAAGAAGAACCCACAAAUGUUGAUGCAUCAUCGAAUAGGCCAUACAGAAUUAAUUCCAAACGCGUCAUGACACCACCGCAGCAGUUGGAUUACAAACACAACACCUCCUCAGCAGUAGCAGUAGCAGCAGCAACGGGAAGAAAAAAAGAACAACUACUGUCCGAAUUGGCGAAAUGGUUCUAAGUACGGAAUGGUCACAAGUUGAGGUUAUUGAUCUCGUUAACGAUGGCAAUGGUUUGGGUUUUAUUUUGGUCGGUGGCCGGAGUACGGGCGUAGUUAUAAAAGGGCUAAUACCGGGCGGAGUGGCCGAACGGGACGGUCGAUUGCAGUGCGGCGAUCACGUGCUGCAAAUUGGUGAAGUGAAUUUGCGUGGUUUUAGUUCCGAGCAAGUAGCAACGGUUCUUCGUCAGACUGGAGCUCAGGUUCGAUUGAUUGUGGCACGUCCAAUUGAGCCAACGGCCACUGACUACCAAGCAUUGGCCAGUCAUGCUCCAAUUAUUCCAACUAAGCUCCUCUCCGACCCGGAAGAACUGUCACGACAUUUGUAUCAGAAUCCGCAAUUUGCUAUUGCUGGUGCUUCAGCUGCAGCAAAUAAUUGCACUGCUGCUGCUAGUGCUGCUGUUGAUAUUAGUGCAUUGAGUAUGGUUGGCGGCUUUAAAAUGCCAAUACCGGACACUGAGUUGGCCGACUUGCCGUUGCCAUUGCCGCCAAUACCGACGACGACAGAUUUGCAGCAUAAUACACGUGCCUGCCUCAAGCAUUUGGACAUCGUGCCGUUUGCAGCAGCGCCAUCAAUGUGCCAGAGACAGCAGCAACAACAGCUGUCAUCGGGUUGCAGCGAUACGGAUCGCAUUGAGACGUUGUUUACAACGCCCGGAAUUGUAACGGUGAUCAGUAAUGCAUCACCAAUAACCCCACUGAGUUUCAUCGACUCACCCGAAACGGAGACGUACGAGGUGGAGCUGCGGAAAAACGUUUACGGACUGGGUAUCACAGUGGCGGGCUAUGUUUGCGAAGAGGAAGAUCUCUCCGGAAUCUUCGUUAAGAGCAUCAUUGAAGGCAGUGCCGCUGAAAUGAGCGGCAAAAUUCAAAUCAACGAUCGCAUUGUUGCAGUUGAUGGCAAAACACUGGCCGGUGUAACAAAUCACCAGGCGGUGGAGCUUCUGCGUAACACCGAUAUCAUUGUGCAUUUAACGCUGGAACGUUUCCUGCGUGGUAGAAAGUUCGAACACCUUCAAGUCGCCUUAACCGAACUCAAGAGUGAUACUCAGUCGCAGAUUUCUCUGCCCGCAUCACCUUCAAUAGCCACACUGUCAUGGGUGCCGCCAAAAUCCGAUGCGGACUCUUUGGCGACAGAGGAUUGUCUUUGUGCGCCCGCAAUUGAUGGCGGUGAUAGUAAUAUGAUGCCAUCGCGCGACACUGUCGACUCUAAUAUGUCCUUGGUGUUGGACCGCAGUAGUAGUUGUAGUGAUUCACACGAUGAGCAUGAGCUUAUUAAUAAUAACGGUGAUGGUGAGGCUAAGGGCAGCCAGCCAGUGCCAGUGAUUAGCAAUGGUAGUGUGACAACGGUAGCGACAACGCCGACGACAGCCCUCCUUAAUAAUAAGCAAUUAAAUGGCAGCAGUAGCUUGAGUGAAAAAUUGAACGGAGGUGUCCAGACGCCGAGCCCCCGUUCGCCACACGCACCACCACUCAAAACCACGACUACGACGACAGCGCCACAAUCUGCACAAAAUACGCCCACGCCUACUCCCACCGUUGAAAGCGUGGAUUCGAUGCAAAUUGCAGCUUGGAAAAGUGAGUGCCCUGAGAGCGAAAUAAUAGUUGCCGAAAUAAAUAAACUUUCAGGUCUAGGAAUUAGCCUCGAGGGAACUGUUGACGUAGAGGGCGGUAUCGAAAAAAGACCCCAUCACUAUAUUCGAUCGAUUCUCGAAGAUGGCCCGGUGGGGAAACAGGGCAUUCUACGACCGGGUGAUGAGUUGCUUCAAGUCAACGAACACAAAUUGCAGGGCUUGAAGCAUAUAGAAGUGGUGAAGAUUCUGAAAGAAUUGCCAACACAAGUGCGUUUGAUAUGCGCUCGUGGACCAACAGCACCAUCUGUGAUCAAUACUUCUCAGAAUCCCGAGGCAUUCGAGACGAGAAGCCUUCUGCCGGGUGGCCAUCAAUCACUACAGAACCUCUUAACGAAGGCUCAGUCAGAGAGUUCGCUGUAUACAUCGAGUACGGCAACGCUGACGGACCAGCAACGCUCAAAAUCCGUUGAAAAUGUAUCGGGUCUAGCUUUGUGGAGUACAGACGUAACAUACAUAGACAUCGAAAAGACUGAACGCGGUUUUGGUUUCUCAGUUCUAGACUAUCAGGACCCCUUGGAUGCUGAGGGUACUGUUAUUGUGAUACGUGGUCUUAUACCAGGUGGAUCUGCCGAAGCAACAAACGAGAUAUUUCCUGGCGAUCGUUUGGUUAGUGUUGCCGAUACAGGUUUGCAUGGGUUAACAUUGGAUGAAGCUGUGGCGAUACUCAAGGGAAUGCCGAAUGGAAUUACUCGAAUUGGAAUAUGCCGACCACUGUCAACUUCCGAUAGCAAUAUUGCGUCACCAGGCGAUGAGUCGCCAAGUACGUAGUCUUUAAUGGAAUAUGCUUCUUUUCAAUAUGUUAACAAUAACACAUCAACAAAAGCAUACGCAACCGAUUGGACCCAAAACGUAACGAAUAGAAAUUAUUUUGAACAACAAUAUUUACAUCGUUCACAAUCAGCAACAACAACUGAAAAAAGCAUAAGAACAAAUAACAACAACAACAACUCUAGUCAUAAUAGUAAUACCUACAUAUAUUUUUUCUAACAUUAAAAAAGAAAAAAAACAAAAUAAAUCAUUUUUAUUUAAAUUUUAUUUAUUUUCUAUAAAUAAAAAAAAAGCUUUAGCACAGUAAAACUUAAAAUAACAAAAAAAAAUAUUAAUAAUAAGAAAUCGCUG